CUAUGGACUCAAUCCAGCUCUUACAGAGGAGAUAUUAUGAUCUGGUCUGUGAAGAGACGAGUUACAAUCACAUUGUGAACAGGUAAACAGGCAUGGAGAGGACUGCUGGGUCGUUUGAAUGAAUGGGAUACGACAGGGGAAGAUAAAGCAACAGUGGACGGGACUUCAGAUGGAAUACAAGCAACACUGAACAACAUCCAGAGCAGCUGCAAAAUGAAAAGAAAACGGAAGCUGUGAGUUUGUAACUCUCCACCAAAACCCCACCUCAACCUCAGUAGACCGGCUUUGAAAACCCGAACAAGGACGAUCAACGCCAGAAUAAAUGGAGAGAAUUAAGAAAACCAUUCUGCUAAUUCUUCCUCUCCUACUGAUUCAUGCCUGUUCCAGCGAACAGCAGGAGUCAUGUCCCAGCCAGCCUGAUAAAUAUCUGUCCUGCUAUAAUAACUACAGUCGAACCAUCACCUGUGAGUGGAACAGCAUGAACAAGUCUGACCAAAUGUGCACAAUAUACGCCAGAAAAGGACCUGAUUUUUCGUACAGCUCCUCCUGUGACCUGAAGCCUGUGGACAUCUCAAAACCAGGACCAAGGAAGUGCACCAUGAUGUUCAAAAAGGAUGGAGCUUUUCAGAGCUUCAGUGUGGUGCCCAUCGAUCUUAUCUGUAACCCAGGGAGGGAAAUUUCAGUCUACAGUAUUUCCUACAGACCAUCUUGUCACAUAAAGCUGGAUCCCCCACAAAGACCAAAAAUCAACUCCACCACCGUGUCCUGGUUCCCUCCUGGCAACAAGAGAAGAAGCAGAAUCAGUUUGCACAAAUUCCAGCUGCAGUGGAAACACAAGGAUCAGUCAUGGGAGGAUGCCUUUCAGCAGAAAAGUCCAAAUCUGAUAAAGAAUUGUGAAUGGGAAUGUGAAACAAAGCUGCAAGCUGAUUGGUUGAUACGAGACGAGGAGUACGAGGUCCGGGUUCGAGUGAUGGGAAUUGGAGAAGAUCUCCAUUCAGCAUGGAGCGACUGGAGUGCUGCGGAAUCACUGGUGUCACCUGUUGGACGAACAAAACCAGAUCAUUCUGCAGUUAUCUUUGGCACUGCUGUAUGUUCAGUAGUGAUCACUGCUGUCCUGGCUGUCAUAUAUUUAAAACAAAACAAAACCAUCUGGAUUUAUAUGGUAAUGAAAUUCAGAAGUCAGCCUAUACCAAACCCUGCAAAGUCCAAAGUCCUGAAGGAUGCCAAUUUCCAAAACCAUCUGUGCCCGACCUUCCCCCCCUUCAAUCCACUGGAAAUCACCUCUGUAGAGAUCACCUCCCCCGUGGAUGCUGUCACCCCCUACAGGCCAGAGGCAGCACUGCUGGAGAAAAUUAGAGUUCAAAACUGCUACGACUCAACCAGUUCUGGCUUCUCCAACCCCAGUUACGCCCACCUGUGUCCAUCUCCUCCUUCUUUCCCCUUGCCCACUGUGGGGAAUCUGACUCCCUGUGCUGCUGAUACACCAUAUGGGCCUGUUUGUGGUGACACUGAGGUUAAAGAGGCAGAGGAGAGGAAGGAAGUGAAAGUGAAUGAGGCGGAAGUCCUUGAAUUGCUCUCAAAAGGUAGCAAAGAAAGCAAGCCCGGGCUGGAAAUUUCUGACUAUGAAAAGGUUGAGAAGCUCCAGGUUGAACGCUCCAGGCUGCAGAGUCUAGAUUCAGGCGUGUGCAGCGGCGAGGAGGUCAGUCAGGAGAGCUUGGAGGCUGAUAGCAUCAAUGUGACUGAGAGCAUUGAUGAAGAGAAGGAGGAGGAAGAAGAAAGUAAAGGAGAAGGUGUUUUUCAGAGGUUGUUUGGAAACGGUGGAAAUGUUGUCGUUAAGGGCUCCAUUCAGGUUUGCUCUGAGUAUGAGCGAGUCCCAACGCUGCCGUCUGACACCACUGAGGAGCUGGUCAGUAGCAGCGAGAAGGAGGAGCAAUUCAGUCAUGAGGAGAGCCUGGAGGAUGAGGACAAGUCCACCGUACCUACAAGCAUCCUGGCUCCUCCAGACUCCACCUCAUUGAACUUUACUGGACCUGCUUUUAGUCCAGCUCUGCAACCUCAGCAAUGUAGUCUACUGGAGAAGUUGGCACUGAUGUCAACCAGCAGAUCUGUAGUGCUGUCUGGAGAUGGAUACAUGCCUGUACGACUAGAACAGAGCUGAAAAAGAGACACUGGGCCCCUCUCAAACCAAAUCCUCCCUUUUGUACUGAAGUCCUGAUUCAGGACUGGCCUCCUAAGAAGGGCCCAGCCUAUUAGCCUCAGCAUGAACUAAUACCAGUCUCGACAGUAUCUGUACUUUAACUCUGCUACUGUAGUCUGUGAUUUUCUUUAAGGUUUAUACCUAAUGGCAAAAAAUUUGGCAAGCAGCUAACUUGAGAAAUGUUGAGUUGUAAAACAACUUUACAGCUUUUCACAUCUUGUGCUUUACUUUUAAUACAAAUAUAUUCCAUGCCACCCUUUAGUUAUGGUGGUAUUGUAAAGCAAACAACAGAGGAAAGGAAAUACAGAUAGAGAGACAGAAGGACGUCAGGCAGGCCUGACUCUGGAUCAAAAUAACUUAAGGCUUGUUUAUGCUUAAUAUUUGAAACACACAGAUAUGAUGGAGCUAUCCAUCCAUACUCUGCCAUGCUGUCUAUCCAGCUAUCCAGCCAGCUUACACCAGCAGGACGUGCCCAGAAGACCUACAAAAGGAGAUGCCUUGGAGGCAUCCUGAACAGAUUUCCAAACCGCCUCACGUGGCUCCUUCAGUUGCAAAGGAGCAUUCAUGCUUGUCCUAGUUCUGUCUGAACUCCUCACUCUAUCUCUAACCUCCUAAUUCCACAAGAAAUAACUUCCCCUUCCCUUCGGUGAGAGUGCUUCCACCAACUCUGCUACAGUAUGUCUCUGCUCCACCACAGCUAUGGCAGUUCAGAGCCCCCCGCAGCAGAUACGCAGGACUUCUAUUUUGGCCGAAUGCCUGACAACUCUGCAUCAGAAAGUUUUAGCAAAACCUUAUAAAAUAUGUGGUUAAAUUUCAGAAUAAAGUACUUUUCACUUUUCUGCAUGGAUGAAACAUCAUAACGGGGUGUAGCGGAGCCCAGAGUCAACAAGUCAGAGGAAGAAGACAGAGUAUUUAUUUAUAAUUAGGUUACUUACCCAUGAUAGAAGCCCAAAAAUCCACAUCCAAGCAAGCCCACCCUUCUCCAGCUCUUGCAGUUCAGGACAAUAGCUUGGCGUGUUUUUGCUAUGUUUUAUGUAUCACUUCAGCAGAAUCAUUCUCAUAUGACUGGGUGUAGUCCAGCGGUGCUGUGCCGAGCUGCACACUGAAAACGUAGUCCUGGGUGUUGACAGACGGUGAGGCACACAGACAAAUUGCAGCUCAAAUUUCACACUUGAAGGGAGCAUAAAUGAGCCAUAACUCCUUUGGAUUGGAGGUGCUUUGACUAACAGCUUUGAGUAGUUUGGCUGGUCCAGAACCUUGUACUUUUUCGUUUUAUUUUUGUGAAACGUUAACUAUUUCUCGACCACUGAAUGUAAUGUAAUGUUCUGACAAAGUUUUUCUCUUUGUAAGUGCUGUUGUUUUGGGGAUAAGAGGUAGGAACUGAACAGUGAUGAUAUGCUACCUCACAGAACAAAAGUUUAAAGUGGAAAAACUGAAGUGCUUUGCUAAUGUGUAGCUGGUUUAAAAGGCACCUCUAUUGAUCAUAGGUGCGUUUCCAUUACCCGUAGAAAUGCGCAAAAUCGAAAUAGCGCAAUAAAAAGUGGUGAUGAAAACACCUGAAUUUAGAAAAAAACUCAAAUAUCACUAUAAGGUUUUUAUGCUGUUAUGAGGAUGUUUUUCAGCUGUUCUAUAUAGAAAUAUAUUGCAAAAGCCGGUGAAAACGUUUUUCCGCAUUUACAUAUCACAAGACGUGACAUACGGUGUCACAUGACCAGUUCACGCCAAGACAACAUGGCGCAGUACGCGUGGACAAAAGAGGAGACAAGACUUUCCUUAAGAUGGCUUUUGCCAUACAUACGAACCUUGCCUCUGAAAUUUUAUGUUGCCUUCGCCUUUCGUUCGAAAUAAUCAAGGCAGCCGCUGUAGAUGUAAUCAUAACCGUACCAACAGGAUUUGAGUGUCCAGCUUCCUUGCAGCUGAGUCUUGCAAGACGAGGUUUUACAAGAAUUACAAGGCUCAUGCCCAAAACUCCUUCCAAUAGAACACAUUUAAUGCACAGUUGUACAUAGUUGAAAUAUAAGAAAUUACGCUUUUAUUUUGCAUAAAACUGUAAUGGAAACGCAGGUUAUGUCAGCCUUCCAAGGUCAUGUUUUUAACAUUCCCCCAUUGUGACAGAUUUGCCUGAGUAUGUGUGUGGUGAUGGUUGUGUUGUUUGAAAAGUCAUUCAUUCAUUUUUUUCAAAAGUCGAUUUAGUUAUCAGGCAUUUUACCAGAAGUGCUGGACUUACCAAGAGCAACCUGAGUGUAAAAUGAUGGUGUACGCUCCUGUAGAGCAGUGGUUCUCAACCUUGAGGUCAGGACCACUAUGAGAGGGGGCACACAGUUUGGCUGGGCGCCACAGAGCUCUCCCAUUUUUCUCCCUUUAUGGUCGUCCUUGUCUGCACAUGACUAUUCUUAAUAGUGCAUGGCUGUGUUCAACCACCUUCAGGUACAGUGGAGGUCCCUGGUCUCUGGCACCUUUAUUUUGGGGGUCGUGGGCUGAAAAGGUUGAGAGCCACUGCUGUAGAGGACAAACUUCAUGAGAUAUAAACCUCUUCAAGAAAAGGAGUUGGGGAAAUGUUUAUGGGGAUUUUAAUGGUGAAUUUUACUUCCAGAACCAGAUCCUCUGAAACAUGGGUGGGCACCAUGUGCUCUAUGGGAUUUUAUAUGUUCUAAUUUCUAAUCUAAUUCUAAUUUUUUUUAACAUAAAGGGUGCAUAAAUGAGCUUUUAGGGUAUUGAUAUUAAGAUAAUAAUCUAGUAUUAAUAUAACAAUAAAAAUUGCACCACUAAAUACAGUGAUAGACAUCUUUGGCACAUUUUGAAAUAAGGAACAUCAAUGUAAUUAUUGCAGGGUUAAUUUCAUUUUAUUGAGUGACAUGGUCCUGUGCUAGAGGUAUUUUAUAUGAUAUUCUAUUUGAUGAAUGAAUGUAGUUUUUUUUGGGUUGAAAUGUUAUUUAAAACCUGAAAUCAGCUGUAAACUUAACCUUAAUUGUAUCUAUUUUCUAUUUAUUGUGUUUUUUAUCUUGCAUUUUACGAGAACAUUUUCAGACAAUUUAUUGGACACGUUUUUCCAGAAAUGAGUUUGAUAUAUUGUUUGUGUUAUGUUCAUUUUCUGAAAAUAAAUAAUCUCUAAACAAAUGUAAAAACAGAAAAACAUGUUUGACUUGUUUUAAGCUGGUGUGGAGAAGUUUUGCCUAAAGGACAUUAUUUUUGUUUUGUUUUUGUGGGUGGAGGCGUACGGAGUUGCAAUGUAGGAGUUGUGUCGGUCGUGUGAGACAGCGACCCCUGGUGGAAUUAUUUUUUUAACAUCCACACCAGCAGAACAGGUGUACAAAAAUAUGUAGACAAUGACGGCUGUCGAAUACUUGUUAUAUUACCCUGUGGGAUAUUUUUGUACCAAUCUGUUAAAGUAAG